GCACAAUCCUAUUCAGCCCUAAAUCCAUCCGCACAGCAGCACGCAGCUGUCCAGCAGUUCCUUUUUGCUCGUCGGACCAGAAGCAAUUGCUGACCCGAGGAAAAGAAGACGAUAACGGGAGAUCGUAUCUUUUUAAGCUUUAUGCGGACACCGCAUCGGAUCUAAUCCAACUGCAGCUUGAUUCUUGGGGUUUUCUGCAAAGAAAGAAACAACAGUCAAAAUGGUUGCUGGGUGUGGCGCCAAAAUUUCGAAGAUGAUCCUCUUCGUCUUCAACUUUUUGCUUUGGCUCGUAGGUAUCGUCUUGAUAGGUCUGGGCGGCUUUGUGGUCGCCCGGCCUGGGACAUACGGCAACUUCUUUGGCGAUUCAACGAACCUGCUGAACGUAGCAUCAGGGGUGGUCAUAGCCGUGGGCUGCUUGGUAUUCCUUGUUGCCUUUGCUGGAUGUUGUGGUGCGAUGAAGGAGAGCGCCUGCCUGCUCAAAAUCUAUAUUGCCGUUGUGGUCGUGCUGGUGAUCCUCGAGAUUGUCGGAGGAAUUUUGGCUCUUGUGUUCAGGGAAAACAUCGAGUCAACGCUGGCAGAAGUCCUAAGCGAUCAAAUGGCAACCUACGAAAAAUACGACGCUAGCGCAAAUAAUCUUGUCGACACUGUUCAGAAGGGAUUCAAGUGUUGUGGAAAUUCCACUUACGAGUCCUGGCGAGGUAGCAAAUUCCAGUUGAUGAAUCCUGGUAAAUUCGUGCCUCUUUCUUGCUGCUUAGACGAAAAGGAUACCACCUGCAACAAUGGAAAUGCAUUGAAUACUGAUAUCAACGAUAAAGCUAAAAUACACAAUGGGGGCUGUACGUCACAGAUAGUUCAGUUUGUCAAAGACAACUUCCUGAUAAUUGGAGCAGUCGCUCUUGGUAUGGUUGCCGCUGAGAUCCUCGCGAUGAUAUUUGCAUGCUGUGUCAUCUGUGGAAUCAAGGACGACGACUACUCCUAAUUAGAAGAUUCUAGCAAUGAUCUUCGCGUGUUGUGUCAUCGCCGGCAUCAACAACGGAGAGUACGAGUAGUUGGUGAUCGCUGUCACUUUGCGAGCCUAUAUAUCAGAUUGAUCUAUACGUUUAAGAUUCAAUCCGAACCAUGUAAACUUUCUAUGGAUUACAAUCAAUGAAAGAUAACUUUUUAUCUCGCCUUGGUUUCAAAACGUAAAAUUGCUACAUUCUUUUCUCUUCUUUUAGGAACUAAAGCCUGAAAUACGUUUUUGUUUCAUUCCAGCAUAAUCUGUAGUAAUCUGCAUGCAGAUUGAGAUACGUUUGAGCAAAUGACAAACUGUUUUCUCCUCAAAUUUGAGUUUGGAUCUCCCUUUUUACCCUGCAAAAUUGUUUUACAUUCGAGUACCCAGUGGUGGGCGGCUGUGUGUUUGGUCAGUGUGAGCGCAUGAUGGCGCUGUUGAUGUGGUGUGAUCGUGAGCCCUUCAUCUGCCCCCCCCCCCCCAAAAAAAACAAGCUCUGAAAUUCUUGUAGUCUUUUGACUGAAAUUUUUACGUGCAGUUUAUAGACUUGGUGAGUUUUUUUUUUCUCUCCACAAUGUGUGCUAGUUUACAUUUUGAACUAAAAAAUGCCUUAAAUGAAAUGCUUAUGAUGAAAUUUCAUGGAAUAUUCAUUUGUGAUGAAGCUUUCUUUUCGCGUAGACGCGUAAUCAAGAAGCUCGUAUUUUAUACGUGAAGGUAACCGGCGGGAGUAUAACUGAUUAAUAUGCGCCAUUCACAACACUGGGAAAAUCCCAUGUCACUCAUUACAUUGGCAAGGAAACGAUGAUGAUAUUCAACUUUGGCUGGACAAAUAAGGCAAGUGGCGUGACUUUUCAUACCAACGGUGCCCUUUAGUGCUGGAUCAAAAGCGUUCGACGUACCUGAGUUUCUGUGGGCGCCACAUCCUUAAUAUAAUGACAAAAUCCCGCCGUGUGCCAGUCACGUGCCCAUUAAAUAAAACUGCCGUAUUGUAUCGUAUAAUGUGAAGUAUAAUGCUGUUAAUUUGCUUUCAUCGAGUAAGAUUUACAACUUUGACAUAGAAAUGGCCUCGCUUUCGUUUGAAGUUCGCUUGAGUAAUGGCAGACUGUUAAGUGUAAUGGUAGCUUGUAUCUGUAAUACCUAUAGCGAGCCAGUUCGGUAUUCAAACAGCGCAUGCCCAAGAGAGGAGUAUGUUCGGGGUCAUUCGGGAACAGCAGCACGCGCGCGUGACUGUCUGCCCUAUCGGGAGAGCCACUCGCAUGUGCAAUGUGUAUUAUUCCCGAAAGACCUUGACUUUUUAAAAUAACGAACUGGCUCAUUACAGCCUGUAUGUAUGGUUACAUUGCGUGGCCGUGAUUCGACGUCAGGGAACAAGUAUCGUGCGAUUUCCCUCCUAAUAGUGGCUUCGCUCCCGUCGAAACCUUCGCCUCGGGGACUGAGAGAGCUUUGAUAGGCUUGUAAUAUUCUAAUUAAAAUGAAAAUAUCUCUGUUUUUUUGGUCGAAGGCGUAUGCGUUCGAUGCUUGUCCAGCAAAAACAUAACACGAUCCACAAUGGGGAGUGAAGCAGGGCGAAGCUGGAGACGAAAUGAGGUCGACUUGGGGGGAAAUCUAAUGGAUUUUGUCUUGAUGUUUCUGUACAUUAGGCCCACAUUACAAAAUGGUGGAUAAACCACGAAGUCCCAAAAUGAACGGGACACCGUGAUAAAUGAUGCCAGUUAUUUAAUUUUAAUAUCAGUGGAAUGUGUUACGAAUGGUGAGAAAUACACCAAAUUAUGUAGUGCAAAUCGUAUUGAUUAUGCAUACGUAAAAUUACGUACUAAAUUUGAAAAAAAGUUUCAAAAACUAAUUCUAGGAGUCAAGCAGUGAUUUGAAAAUGUAUAAAUUGUUGAUUAAUUGUAUUUUCUAAAAUAAGUUUUGACCAAAUCCGGUUUUGGCAGAAUACACUGUUUCUAUCCUUCGCCAUCUUUUAAAGUGUAGACAGAACAAAAGAUGCAUGUACAAAGCUAAUUGGCCAAGUAUCACCCGAA